AUGAUCAAGGUUUUAUUGCUCAUCGUCUCAUGUUCAUGCAUGGGAGUAUUUUACAUAUCUCAUGCACAAAGUGACACCAUUAGACCUGGUGAAUCAAUCCGGUUCAGUGACUCUCUUGUUUCGGCUAACAAGAGAUUCAGUUUAGAGUUCCAACGUUUUGUCGACUCUGACAAUGAUGAUUAUCGUUACUUGCGAAUAAGAAACAGCGACGGCACGACGGUGUGGGUGGCUAAUCGAACCACUCCUGUUUAUAGUAGCAGUGGGAAUUUCACAAUGGAUGGAGAUGGCUUAUUGAUGAUUAUGAGUGACCGUGGGAGUCCGAUCGUCUUGAAUCCUGAUCGAGCUUCGAGAAAUUCAUCAGCUACCCUACGGGACGAUGGGAAUUUCAUAUUGACAGAGUUGAAUCCCGAUGGUUCUACCAGGGGAAUCCUGUGGGAAAGCUUUGAUUUCCCUGUAGACACGUUGCUGCCUGGAAUGAAGCUAGGUAUGAGCUUCCGAACCGGUCAAGAAUGGAUACUUACUUCUUCAAUAAGUAACCAAGUUGCCGCUCCAGGAGCUUUUACACUUGAAUGGGGUAACAAUGGCAGUGGCAUCGCUCAACUAAUUGCAAGACGCCGAGGAGAGGUGUAUUGGAUGAGCGGGGCAUUGAACACAAAUGAUAGAAGCUUCGAAAACAUCAUGUGGUUGAUGUCUCCUUGGACACAGAACAACUACAACUUCAGCCAUGUCUCGAACGAGAAUGAGAGCUACUUCAGCUAUUCUGUUCUAGAUGGGGCUAUUUCAAGAUGGAGUUUGGACCCGUCAGGGUCACUGUCGGAUACAUUAAAACCAGUCUUUCUUCUCGGUGCUAAUUGCUACGGACUUCCCGGUUGUCAACUCCGAGAACCUGCUUGCAAAAACGAGACUGAUGCAUUUGUGCUGCAGAGAGGUCGCUUUCAGGGUUUUCCAUCAUCAUCCCAGGGGAAUUUAAGCAUUGGUUUAGGAGACUGUUCUGCUCAGUGCUGGAACACAUGUUCUUGCGUCGGUUAUGCUACUCUUCAUACGAAUGGAACGGGGUGCGAACUAUGGAACAGAGAUUUGAACUUUACAGAUGAUGCAAAUGACCGAGUUGUUUAUGUUUUAAAUUCGACAUUGGCUGGAGACGAAUCUAAUGCAGUAACUGGUAGUGGCAAUGAAAACAAUUGGUGGAUCUGGAUCAUCGUUGCGUUUGCAUCCGUGCUUAUAUUACUUGCAUUGAGCUUCUUGUGUUAUCUAAGGAGGAAAAAACUCCGAGAAGAGAAGGAAAGAGAGGAAGAAGAUAUAUUACUCGAACUAACUACCUCAAGCGAGGUUGGCAGCGAUGGGAGGAAAGGCCAUGAUUUGAAGGUCUUCCCUUUUGCUUCUAUAAACGCUGCUACCAACGGUUUUUCAUCCGAAAACAAGCUCGGAGAAGGCGGUUUUGGCCCUGUAUACAAGGGGAAAUUACAGGACGGAGAAGAAAUAGCGGUGAAGAGGCUGUCGAGGAGUUCGGGACAAGGACUUGUAGAAUUCAAAAACGAACUCAUUCUUAUUGCCAAACUUCAGCACAUGAAUCUCGUUAGACUUUUAGGUUGUUGUGUUAAAGCAGGCGAGAAGAUGUUGAUCUACGAAUACAUGCCCAACAAAAGCUUGGACUUCUUCCUAUUUGAUCCAACAAGAAGAGAACAAUUGAAAUGGAAGAUACGGUUUAGCAUCAUCGAAGGGAUUGCUCAAGGACUCCUUUAUCUUCAUAGACACUCGAGAUUACGAGUCAUCCAUCGAGAUUUAAAAGCUAGUAACAUUUUGCUUGAUAGUGAUAUGAACCCGAAGAUUUCGGAUUUCGGCAUGGCUAGAAUUUUCAGCCGAAAUGAAUCCGAAGCUAAUACAAACAGAGUUGUUGGAACAUAUGGUUAUAUGUCACCGGAGUAUGCCAUGGAAGGCAAUUUCUCGGAGAAAUCAGAUGUUUACAGUUUUGGAGUGUUGCUAUUAGAGCUUGUCAGUGGCCAAAAGAACAACCGAAUUUUCCAACAUGAUCGACCCAUGAAUUUAGUUGGAUAUGCUUGGGAGCUUUGGAAAGAUGAAAGAAGUCUCGAGCUACUCGACGACUCCAUUGUAGUCGGCGAUGAAAAUGCAACAUAUCAAGCAUUGAGAUGUAUGCUUGUGGGUCUUUUAUGCGUGCAACAGUCUGCAACAGAGAGACCAACCAUGUCCGAUGUGAUUUCUAUGAUCGGGAACGAAACCCUGCCACUCCCACCUCCGAAACAAGGCUCGUUUUCCACUCACCAAACAUCGGUUCAAAUAUCAUUGUCUAAAGCUAAACAAGGAAGUGGCUCGAUUUGUACAUCAAUAACAAUUUCAGACAUGGAAGCUCGCUAAAGUUUCUUUUAUAACCAUCGGUAUUCAAUUCAUUGACUUUGUUCAAAAG